AUGCGGCUAGCCGUGCGCCUCUACACGCUACUACUGUGCGCCGCGCCCUGCCGCGGACCGCUCCGCCGCGCCCACGCCGGCUGUCACCGCCAGGGCGCCGCUCUUCACAUAGUGUCGAAGCUAAUUGCCGCGGAGCAGCACAGUGGUGGGGGCGCGAGCCGCCGCCGUGGCCCGUGGCCGGCGGCGCCGCAGAUAUGCACGCUCCGCUUGUCACCUUUCCCAUUUCCACGGCGCUGUACCGGAGCGGAGAGGAGAUUUUGGGGCCUGCCCGCUCCCCCAUUCGGGCGGCUGUCGCCGGCGCCUCCUCCACCGCCCCUGUCUUCCACCCCCACCCCCACCCCCCCGCAGCGCCCUCGUUUAACAUUUCUUUUCUUUCCACCGCGCCCGGCCGUCUCCCGGCGCGCCGCGCGGCUGCGCUCCGAGCUGCUGGGCCGCGGCUCGAUGUUCGUGGUGUCGCGGCGGCAGCUGGAGCGGCUGGUGGGUGACGCCGGUCCCUCGCUGUGGGGCGGCGUGCUGCUCGACCUGGGCGCCGGCGACGGCCGCGCCACCAGCGCCAUCGCCUCGCUCUUCUCGCAGGUCUACGUCACCGAGGUCUCCGUGCCCAUGCGCUGGAUUCUCGCCAGGAGGGGCUACCAGCUGGUGGAGGCGGACGAGUGGCCGUACCUGGAGCUGCGGCCACACGUGAUCAGCGCUCUGAACCUGCUGGACCGCUGCGACCGUCCGCUGACGCUGCUGCGGCAGCUGCGAGAGACACUCAGGCCCGGGGGCCGCGCCCUGGUCGCGCUCGUGCUGCCCUACCACCACUACGUCGAGACAGGUGGACAAGCAGAUCAUCGUCCAACUGAAUGGUUACCCAUCAAAGGAGAAACAUUUGAGGAGCAGGCGGCAUCAGCCAUUGUUGACUUAUUUGAACCAGCAGGCUUUCAUGUUGAACGAUGGUGCAGACUACCAUAUUUGUGUGAAGGAGAUCUCAAUCAGGCAUUUUAUUGGCUAGAUGAUGCACUUUUUGUUCUUAGUGUAUCCAACAGCUGAUCAGAAAGUAACUUAUGUGCAAAGGUGUUAUUUAUAUUGUGUCUUCUUUAAGUGCAUUGGAAACCUGCUCAGCAAUAAUAAAAACUUAAAACAUUCCAAUCAAUGGUAUAUACAGUGCCUUUAGCAGUAAAUACCACAGCCAUGAAUAAAUUCAACUGUGUUCAUAAAACUCAAUGUCCUGAAGGUAUUACAUCACUUCCGUUGUUCCCUUAGGUGUAAUUUUACAUAUCUGAUAGUUAAAAUCAACUAAAAGAAUCAGUAUAUUAUUGAUACAUCACAUACAAAAUGAGAGGCAUGUUUUACAGAUGCUCUUUUGUUAUUUACAUACAUGUAUGAAAUAACUUGCUGUAAAUAAAUAUGAAAUACAUUCAGA